UUAUAUUAAGCUGGAGUUCAAGUUAAGAUAAUAUUAUUCAAACAUUACCCCCUAAUGAUGGUAAAAUAAUGAUGAAAGGUCAGACCACACCUUCUUUUACGAAACUCCCACUGCCGCCAUUUACCGAAACUCCUGAAGGUUUUUGGUAAACACCUGAUAAGAGCCGCUUCCCCGCCGAAGCCUACUUAACGAUAAGCAGCAGCAUCGACGGCCAUUUCAUGACAUCGCUGGCGACGUUGUUUGAGCGGGACAUCUAAAAUGGCGGCCUCAAUCAUUCAGUUAAUGGGAUUCAUGUUGUCGGCGCUGGGGCAGUUUUUAAUAUCAGCAGCAACAGCCAUGGACAUGUGGAGCUUACAAGACCGAUCCUUAACGCUAGUAACGAACGUUUACACCUAUUCCGGCUUGUGGAACUCGUGUGUGGGGACGGCGUACGGCACGACGCAGUGCCGGCCUUAUUUCACCAUCCUGGGGCUGCCAGCCCUGCUCCAAGCUGUCCGAGCCCUGAUGAUUGUUGGCAUUGUUCUUGGAGCCAUCGGUUGCCUCAUCGCUAUUUUUGCUCUGAAGUGCCUGAAAAUGGGGAACAUGGAGGACAACAUCAAAGCGACUAUGACUCUGACAGCUGGGAUCAUGUUCCUUCUUGGAGGUGUCUGUGGCAUCGCUGGAGUGUCGGCCUUUGCCAACUUGAUUGUGCAGAGUUUUCAAUUCACAACAUUUUCCAGUGGUGGAUUCAGUAUGUACGGAGGAGCCAACGUGGGUGGGCUCACAGGCUCCCUGACUCCAAGGUACACGUUCGGCCCUGCUCUGUUUGUUGGUUGGAUCGGUGGAGCCAUCCUGGUCAUCGGAGGCGUCUUGAUGUGUGUGGCCUGCCGUGGAAUGGUUCCAGACAGAACACGGUACGAUGGAAUGGCCUACAAAGCCGCCUCUCCUCACAGUAUCUACAAGUCUGAGAAGGGCUCCCGUCCUGCCUACAACGAUUCCUACAAGGCCCCGAGUGCAGACGGACGACAGACAAAUCAGAGAUUUGAUUAUGUGUAGAACAGCUUCAGUUGUGAUCCGUCUUUUCAUCAAACUCUGAUGAUCCACAACUACAACUUCUGUUGUUUUUUCCCUCCUCAGGUUUUUCUAUUUUUUAAUUUCUUUUCUUUGACAGAAACAACAUUUACGGUGUCAUUGUCUUUUUUUUAACAGAUUUUACAUAGCUUCAUAUAAUCUUAAAUAUUAGAUGCUGUGUGUUGCUUUGUUUUUUGUUUUGAUGUUGUGAUGAAUAAAGUUCAAGAACAAUUCCACCUUCUGUAUUUAGUCAAAAUGUGGCUCAGUAAUGUCAAUUUACAUAGAUAUACUUAAAUUAAAUACUUAAAUUAAGUCAGAUAGCUCAAGUUACAGACACAUACAUUGUAAUAAGUAGUUUAUGUAGUAUCUACUUUUAGAAAUAAAUUGUAAGGGAAAUAACUAUUUUUUAUAGAUGCAUGAAAGCUUUUGCUUUGAAAUUGCACCUGCUGUUAAUCAGACAAAAAAUAAUUUAAUUAGUCUAUAUCCUUUCACAAAAUUUGAAAUGAAUAACUGUAUUGUUGACGAUGUUGUUGUUUAUCCUAUUAGUGUUAUCAUUAGAAAAGGCUGUGGUCAUCAGUUCAUUUGUUGUUUACCAGUUAUCUGUAGCCCUUCAGCACCAUAUGAUAAAUAUAACAAAUCACAUCAUUUCAUUAUAAUUGAAAAUAAACAGGGCUUGUCCCCAUAUAGAUGUUGUAUCUGAUGAGAGCUCAGAGUUGUUGAUAGCGGCAAAGCACCAUUUCUCUUCCUUCUAUGGGAUGUGCUUUCAUUGCUAUAGCAACGGGCGAACUGGGUUAUGGACGAUUUGCAUGAAAUCACAUUUAUUGAUUAUACAAUAAAUUGGGGUAUUUGAACAUUUAUACAAACUAAAAGAUUUUUUUCUGGCACUUCAUUAAGACAUUGUGCCAAACCUUGUUAAACGUCAACUUUCAGAGCUGCAUUAACACUGGGAUGAUAUUCAUCCCAGCUCAGAUUAUGGUCAACUGGACUGAAACAACUACAAUAAUUGUGCAACUGUAAUGAUAAUUGAUGUUUAUGUAGUGUAAAACAGAUAGAAAGCUGUUGCUUGCUGUUUUUUUAAAAUGGUGGUUUAUACAUAGUUCACAUUAAGCCUCUUUUAAGUCAAGGUCGUGUGUAUCCAUGUUUGGUUAUGACCUUUGACCCUUAACUAAGAGACGGAAAAGACACUGAGUACAAACAGACCCUUAUUUACCCAUGAAAGUCUGGCACCACCUACUGGACAGAAAAUAGACAGCCAAAGAUACAGGGACAUAUUUACUGUAUGUUUUGCUCCUACAAGACAAGCCAGCUUACAGUACAUGUUUUGCUUUUACCCCUUUGUAAUAAACAUUGUCCUUCAUUUUACGGUAAUAACACAACCUCUGUUCCAAUUACACAAAGACACUGCACAAUUGUAAAACCUUUAAUUCUGUAGAGAAUGUAUUAUUUUAUGUAAACUGCACUAAAAUGGGCAGGAUUCUG